GUGGUACGUUCGCGUUUUUGCUCUUACUCUUGCAUGUAUUAAUUAUUUUUCUGACGAAAAACGUCGGCAGCACAACAGUGGAUUCAAAGUAAAGGAACUGGCCUGCAUCCUUUCUUUUCUUCGUAGAAAUAAAAAGAAGCCAGAAGAGCCAUACGACUAAAUUUGAAUUUACGAUGACUGAAGACUAUAGCGCAAAAGUCUUCAAAGAGUACACUAGUGAUAACAAAACUGAAAGUGAUGAAGAGAACGAAAACAUCGUGAUUACAGUUGGAGAAACAUCAGUGAAAGUAAAUAGAGAAAAACUAAUACAAGGUAGCGAUUAUUUCAAAGCAUUGUUUGAAGGCGACUUUGCAGAUUCCACGAAGAAAAAAGUAGAUAUAUCAGAAGUUGUCAGCAGUGCUGAUAUUUUAAAAAAUGUUGUUGCUUUCUUCUCCAGUGGCGACAUUGCUAUCGAGCCAAACAAUAUUGAAGAUUUAUUAAAGUUGUCUUCUUACUUUCAGUUCCAUACACUACUGAAAAAGUGUGGAAACUAUAUAAACGAUACAUUAACAGUUGAGACAUGUCUGAGUUAUUUCAUUUUAAGCAAAUCAUAUAAUCUGACAGAAGCGGAAACAGCCUCUGGUAGACUUUUAAAAGCAAGGUUCCACGAUUAUAUUCUUCAUCAAGAAAGUACUCUUGACAUUUCUCCAGCUGUUCUUGCAGAUCUGUGUGAGAGGGGAUUUUUGACGUUUUGUGAAUGUUUCUCUUUACUGAAGUUCAUCUCGCAGUGGGUUUGCAGGGGAUUGUCAAAAGACCACGUAACAACAGGUUUGAAAGUAUUACGAUACAUUGAUGGAGCACUGUUACAGGCUCCGCUGCAUGUAAGUGUUCAAGUUCAAUCAGUCGGGAAAAUUUUAGUUGAUUUGAAGAACGCUUUAAAAUGCAACGAAGAGGAAUACGAGCUGCUCAGGCAUCUUGAAAUAACAAUAAACAAUAUGAUAACCAAGGCUGGUAGAGUAAACGUAGAAGAGAAUGAAACAGUCCUUCUAACUGUCUCGGGUAGGAAAAGUGCGCCUACAAAGUCUGGUCCAAUCAGAGCUAUACCGGGGAUCGUUGGUGUUGACUAUGUCGAAUCUUUGACUAGUGAGAAUGAGCCUGGUGCUGUAGACACAGGUAAAUUCAAUAAUGAUAUAUCUGAAGACGAUAUCGAUGUAUCAGAAAUGCAGGUGCUUGAUGUCUGUGUCUAUGAACCAAGGUGUAAAGUAUGGUAUCGCUUAACCACCUUACAUAGAGAUUGGAUAAAAUCACUACCUUUUGAUAUUCGCUAUACGCUACUAAAAGGAAAUUUUGAGUGUGACAUUGUCUUAUUUGAAAAUAAGGUAUUUCUAGUUUACGAUCCAACCGGAAUGCUUAGUUUUGAUUUAGAAACUUGCGUUUGGUCGGGGAUUACAUCUGCUUCUAAAGAAUGUGCUUGUGAAAUGUUACAGGAAAUAUAUGGAACCAUAAGUUCUGACGGAUACGAUAGUUCGUUGAAUGUAUUGAAUGGAGACCUAUAUUUGUCAUAUGAAGACCUUUUUUCAAAUGUAAUAUUUAUAAAAAUGUUUAACAAGGAGACACGGCUAUUUGAAAACAUCUGUAGUAGUACUGAAUUUGAUAUUGACAAAUUUCAUGACACUGUAGUCAGUGAAAGUGUACGCUCGAAAACUUUGUGUUUAUUUACACUUUCACAACUUUCAAGAAAAAGCAAAAGACUAAUGUCAUUCAUUCUAAAUGAUCACGACAAUUUAGAAUUGUUCUUUAGUUCAUGCGUUGAAGAUUCAGAACAGCCAUGUAUUAUAGUACGCAAUGAAAUGUUUUAUGAUUGCGAUGAAGAAAACGUAACUGAAGACAAGGUACAUUACAAGAUAAAUGAUAUCGGUGCGGUAGACACAGAUAAGAGUAUACUGUUUGUGGUCGUUAAGGACAGCAUGGCGGAGGCAAGCGAACUUACACCUGAAACACUUGGAAUUAUGAAAGAGGCUCCUGAAAAUGCUGUAACUCUAACUGAAAGUGGAAGUACGGUUGGAACUACUGAAAUUACGACAGAAAGAAUUGAAAGUGAGAGUAUGGUGACAUCUAGAUGUAAAGCAGGGUCAAAUGAGAGUGAGCGUAUGACAGGGGCGACUGGAUGUACGACAGAAGCAACUGAAUUAUACACUGGAACAGAGAAAUUCCAUGUGAUCGGUGAAUAUGACUUAGCUACGCGUAAAAUUAAGUUUAGAAAGGGUUUUCCAAAGAAGGACAUAAGCGAAAUAUGCAUCCAUAUGAAGGCUGAGCGGGACGAUGGAUGUAGUGAAAAUGUACGUUCUGAGACUUUUGGGGGACAAGAUGGCUUCUGGCGUAUAAAGACUGCCAGUGAUGGAACAUCAUGUUGUUACAAUGUCACCUCUGCAGAAUUCAAGGUUACCCAGCACGUACCUCCUCCAUUCUCGCAUAUCAUUUCUGGGUGUGAAACUGAGUUACCGAGGAAAUUGCUGGCAAUACUCGAACCUAUCAACUACUUGUCUUGCCAGUCUUAAUAACAUACAAAAAGGUUCUGCUUAACCUUUACCCUGCUAAAUUUCUAAAAUGGACUGGUCCAUCAUUCAGUUUGGGCAGUACCAUUUAUUAUUUGAAGGGGUGUUCACUGAAAAUUUACUGACUGAAUAGCGAACAGUGCAUGAUCUUGGUCUGCACUGGUCGCAAAGGCAGUCACUUGCCGCCAGCGGGCUUAAGAUUACAAACUCACUAAGUUUCAAUUUUGUUAAAAAUGCUGUGUUCUUUUAUUAAAUGUACAAAAGUUUUGUUUCAAAGAAUGCCAUAUCCAAAUAUAAUAGACCGAUGAAACAAGGUACUCAAGUACUGCACAGAUAAAACAACGUCCCCUACUUGUUGUAAAUGAAGACUUACCUCUCUUUCUUCCAAAAUCGCCAUAUUUUCCCCAGAAUUCGGUGGAGAUAUUAAUUUCCUAAUGGAACUGUAUCACCAUACCAAAUAUCAAUUAAAUCUAUGUUUUGCUAAUCUGUUGCAAACAGGUUGAGGGACAGAUAGUCACAAAGAUUUAUUAAUUGUAAAUAUAAUCUGGAAAGUAGAUCCCUCGGAAGCACCGAGAACAAUGCAAACAGUGAAUUUGCAGACUCGGUUUGAUCGAGUCCGUUCAUGAGCAGUAAUUGAAAAUGCAACAUUGCCCACGCCCCCUAGCACCGGCUUAAGCAGUAUUCAAUUUUCAAAUCUAAAUGAGUUGAAAUCGAUGAUCCCGAAGGACCAGAAAAUAUAACAACACUGAGAUGAAGUCGGGGCGACUUUUUACGGCCGCCACAUAGCACUUAACACCCGCUGUUAAACAUUAAAUACUCAUAGUUCCUUAUAAUCUUAUUUUCAUGCUAUCUUACGUAUUUUAUGUCAUUUAGUUAUUGUAGCAUUCGCAUUGUACUUUGUCAUGUCUAUAUGUUUCUUUAGGAAUUUUUGAAGACUUUUAAAAAAGCACAGUCCCCAUGUAGACUUCUGCCAACUUACAUUAAAAUAUUUAAUACUUCAGAAAGUAUGCUAGGAUCUUCAAAACUUGCUGAUUUUACCUCUUUCUAAUUCCAUAGUAACCACAGCUGUGGUCAAAAUAUAAAUAGAAAAAUAAUCCGCUAAUGGUCCACUCUCACAAUACCAAGUUUCAUGAAUGUUUAAGAAAUCGCAAAAUCU